GCAAUGAAUGACCUUGAAUGAAUUUAAUCAUCUGACAAUGACAGCUGAUUGAAUGGUUUCAUCGGAUUGGAUUUGGAUCUUACGAAACGUCAAAAAUCAUUCAAAUGGCGCGCUUUGUUGUGGCAUGAAUUUAUUGUGAAUUUAAUUUAUUUUGUGACGAUAACAGUGAAUUUAUAGUAUAAGUGUUUGUAAUAAAUCAAAACAAUGGCGUCUAACAACAAAACUUUGUACCUGAUUGCAAGCAAACUGGGUUUGGGUGAAGAAGAUAAAGUUUUAAAGAAAGCCGCAGAGUUUGAGAGACUGCUUCAGACAAAGAAUAUGGCAGGCAGCAAUAUAACUGACACCAGUAAAAUUGUCAUCUGCCUAGACUUGGCUGCUAGCAUUCUAGGAGCUGAUUUAGAUAUUAAAUCAGCAGUAAAAUACUCAGGGCUGAAGACUUCAACUUACACUAACACAAAGAAAGUGGUGCAGAAUCUUCUUGAGCUGAACAGUGACAGGCUGAGCACCACCAUGCUGUGUCUCACGCUGCAGUGCACCGGAGUGCAGGAGCUAGCUGACAGGAUACUCGCAGAGUAUCAGCGACUUGCUAAAGUGGAAGUGGAUCUAAAUCUACCUCAAUAUGUCUGUAUGGCUGUUUAUCAAGCUUGCAGGAUGAGUAAAGUGAAAGUAGCAAAGAGUAAAGUAAUUGAGAAGUCAAGACUGAAGCCUGCACAGUGGACCAAGCUGGAUGCUGACUGGACAAAGUUCACUGACCUGCACUUCGAGGCAGCCAAGAAAAAGGGACGACAAACUAAGAAAUCUGCUGAAACCGUGGAAAAUGAAGAAUUAAUGGAGAUUGAUGUGCCUAAAGUUGAAGAAGUUUUUGAAGAUAAAAUAGAGCCAUAUGAAGACUGGAAGAAACGUAUGUUAGAGGCUGCGUACAAAGAAUUAAAAGAAUUGGAGAAACUUGAGAAAAAAAAUGUGACCCCCAGAAAGUCGCCUCGAAAGACCCCACAGAAGUUUGCCCCCUACAAAAGUCCUGUCAAGACAAAUGGCGUAAGAUUAUUAUUUCCUCUAGAUUUAUGAUUAAAAAUGUACUUUUUAUUUGUAAUUUAUUUCGACUCCGAUUCGUUUUUUUAUUGUAU